ACAACAAAAGGAUGGUAAGUAUAAACAUUAUUAUAUUUGUUUUGAAUUAUUAAUUAUUGUUUAUUAGAUCAAAUUAUGGACCUGCAGGCUCAAUUAUUGCAACAGCACAAAAUAUUAGAUAACAGCAAAGCUAAGGAUGCUCAAAGUUUGAGUCUACAAGCUCAGCUAGGGGAAAAGAACAAAUUGGAACGGAACAGUUUCCAAACAGUGAAGGAGGUUUUUCCAAACUCAAACCUAACUGAACAUGAGGAUGAAUUGGCAUUAGGCGAACACAGUCAGUUAUUCAGUCUACCACCUGACAGUGUGUUAAAUUUAAAUUCUGUUAGUGCUGCACAAAAAGAAUCGUUAGUAAUAAGCCCGUGCAGUGAAGGAAGUGAACAAUUGUGGGACUGUAUUUGGGUCGAAAAUGGGUGUGGUACGGAAACCAAGAUAUGGCACAAGUUCAACAUGAAACAUGGAUUAGAAUUUAAUGGGGGAUCAAAUCAAGUCUGGAAGUGUUACAGGAUGGAAGAGUCAGCCUAGAGAUGAAAAAACACAGAGUGCAUUACCAUUAAGGUAUGAGGUAAAGUAAUAGAGUAUGC